UCCCGAGCGCGAGCACUCGUUUAUCCCGUAAACUCGCUUUCUCCAUCAGCGCGCACGUACUCGAAACACCCCAGUGCCUUUUUUUCUUUUUUUAUUUUACAGUGUUUUUUUUAAAAAUUUUUUAUCGUAAGUACAGUUGUUUAAUUUAAAUUUGCGCGAGUGCCUUAAUUGCUGCCGCUGCUCUACGAGGACAUUUAUUUUGGAGUAUCUUAUGGCGCGGGUCUACUACUUUUUCAAUAUUUUUUCUAAAAUAGUGUAAAACAGCCUGAAUGUGGCAGAGGGGCAGGAAGGGGUAAAAAAUAUUUCAAAACGAGAACCAAAGAAGAAGAAAAGAAAAAAUGUCUCGACGUCGAAUCGGUAUUGCGCCACUGCUCCUGAUCCUAAGUGCGAUCGGUAAGAGCAGCGUCUCGGCGGUCGAUCACCUGCGAGUCGCCUACCAGUGGAAACAGUUAGACUACGACUGGCCGAGCGAGGAGACGAAAAAACUCUUUCCCGACUACAAGCAGGAAGACAAUCUGCCGCUCGGAUUGGAGGCUGCGGGUGAUCGGCUCUUCAUCACCGUGCCCCGCUGGAGGCGUGGGAUCGUCGCCAGUCUCAAUUACAUCAAAAUUAAUGAUUCUCGAACGUCGCCGCCACUGACGCCCUUCCCGUCGUGGGAAGCCCACCAGUACAGCCAAGGUGUGCACCCCGAGAUAGUGUCGAGUUUCCGGGUGCGAGCCGAUCGGUGCAACCGGCUGUGGGUCCUGGACACGGGCCUCGUCGACAUCCUCGGCAACCCCGAGCAGCAGAGUCCACCAGCCCUGCUCGCCUACGACCUGACCAACGACCAGCUGCUCCGCAAACACAUCGUCCCCGAGGAACAACGCACGCCGGACUCGCUCUUUGCCAACAUCGCCGUUGAGGACUACGACUGCGACGACUCGUACGCCUACCUCGCGGACCUGGGGGGGCCCGGCCUCGUCGUCUACUCGUGGAAACUCCGCAAGUCCUGGCUCGUCAAGCAUCACUACUUUCAUCCGGAUCCAUUGGCAGGUGAAUUCAACGUGGCCGGUGUUGUGUUCCACUGGUCGGACGGGAUUUUCGGAUUAGCCCUGGCUCCCACGAACGAUGGCUACAGCACGCUCUACUUCCACCCGCUGACCAGCACUAUGGAGUUCUCGGUUGGCACGCGUAUCCUGCGCGAUCCCGACAGAUUGGCCACCUCGGAAGCCUUCCAUCAGUUCCAAGUGCUCGGAUCGCGCGGCACCAAUGGCCAAAGCAGUGCCAGCUUCCUCGAUCCCGAGACCGGCAUUCUCAUCUACGCCCUGACGAACCUCAACGCGAUCGCAUGCUGGCGCACCGGCACCAACUACACCCUGCAACAGCAGGGCCGCGUUUACAUGGACAACGUCACGAUGAUCUUUCCCAACGAUGUCAAGAUCGACCGCAGCGGCCGGAUUUGGGUGCUCUCGGAUCGGUUGCCGACCUUCAUGUACCAUCACCUCGACCCGAAUGAUUACAAUUUCCGCGUCCUCACAGGGACGGUGCGCGAGGCGGUCCAAGGUACGGUGUGCUCGAUCGGCAUGUCCGACGGGGCUGCGUCCAAGGACGAGGACACCAGACCCAACCGAUUGCCGUCGAGCAAAGGCGCCGCGGCAGAGUCCACCUUUCGUGUCUUGGGUAGCACUGUAUCGGCACUCGUGCUUGGCGGGCUCGCGCUGGCCAUGUUCCAGCUGCGAGCGUGAGCUGGAGCGCGUCGUCCCGUACGUCGUCGGGCUUGUGCCGAUUUUCAAUUUUUUCGCGCGUCAUUGGGAACGCGUGCGAAGAAUGUGAAUUGUGUUCUCUGCUUUUUUUUCUUUAUCAAUUUAGAAAAUCAUCCCACGGAGCUUUUAAGUCGGUGAAAAUAUAUGUAUUGACUUUCGUCAAUUGUACGAGAAUAUUCAGCGUAUAAAUUAAUAGCAUAGUAUUUCGAGGGAGUGUAAAUGUGACGAGCGUACGAGAUUUAUGCAAAAUUUGUGCAUUUAAGGUAUAAUUUAUUCAUUUUUUACUUUUGUGAUGUACUUUAGGAAGAAUUGUGUUUACCAAUAUUUAAUUCACAAUGUAUUAUUACUCCAUCAAACGCUUUGCAGUCAUUACUUUGUGUCUACACGUAAUCACAAAUACGUAAAACGUAUAAAAAACAAAAUUUAAUCCAUCCAUAUAAUGUGUCAUUUUUGCUUCGCAAACAGUGGAUUUUGCUGAAACUCCAAAUACUUAAUUUAUAAGUAGUAAUGUUAAAUCCACCUUGUAAAUGCUGGGUGAAAUUUUUUUUUGUUUCAUCAAUUUCUAAUUUGUAGUGAUUAUUUUUAUAAACGUUUGUUGAAAAUAUAUGUGCUGUUUCUAUCGAAAUGCUACAGUAAAUAAAAA